UUACUAGGGUUGGAUGACAUAGCUUAUGCUGUGUGAUGUGGGAGAAUGUAUUACCAAUCUAAAGAAUGUAGACUCCUUAAGGAUCCUGUACAGAGAAAAGGCUAACUAUAAUGGAACUGAUGGCGGACUCAUACAUAUAGCUGAAAUUAUUACUUCUGAUGAGAAAGAAAGUCCAGGGGAAAAACAGAGAAGGAUACAUACAUUGUGUUACCAAAAAUACAGGGAGCAUAUCGGGUGUCAGUGACAUCAGAUGCGGUGCAUGCCUUGUGCUGCGCUACUCCUGAGAACUCCCAGGGUAUGAUGCUGUGCAGCAGCUCCACUCUUCUAUACUACUCUCCAACCUAGAGGAAGACUGCAGGGGGCAGAAAGGAGACACAGACUGAUGACUCAAGAAAGGAAUUCCUAAACUAUAUGAAGAAGAGAUAGAAAGACAACUUCUGCUUUUACAGGGAACAGAUGGAGAGGGACCUGUGAAGAGCAGAACUGCUGCAAGCUCUAGAGAAGACCCAGCAAAUCCCACAGGCUGGAUGCAGAUUUAUCACUGGGAAACAAAUAAGAGCCAUAAGUGAAGUGUGCGCUGCAUGUAAUACAAUGCCUGGAGGAACACACAAGGCACAUGGCUCAUUAUGGAGAUGUUUAGAGCCAUAAAAUCAAAGAAACCUUACUGACAUCUGGAGGGGAUCAUUGUAUCAUUAACCUGUGUUAUUGGGGUGGACACUCAGAAGCUGCACUAUUGUACAGUCUGCUCAGCACAUAAGGGAAUCCUGCAACAUCCAAGUACCAGGGUAAUGCAGCUUUACAAUAACCAUUAAGGAUGCAACCAAUAGGCAAACAUCAUACAAGUCUACCUGGCUAUUUUCUUCUCCUCUGGCUUGUUGUACUUCCUGGACAUGGCCUGGCAUGUCCCAAACCCUGUGCCUGUUACGUUAAGACAGAAGUCCACUGCACCUUCAGAUAUCUAAAUGUCAUCCCAAAACAAAUCCAGGCUGACGUGGAGCGCAUCAAUUUAGGGUACAACAGCCUGAACAAACUGGCAGAGGACGACUUUACUGGCCUAAAGAAACUGGAGCUGCUGAUGUUACACAGCAAUGAAAUACAGACUAUCCAUGAAAAUGCUUUCCAGGACUUAUCUUCAUUGCAGGUAUUGAAAAUGAGUUACAAUAAAGUAAAAACUCUCCACAAGAAUACAUUCCGUGGUCUGAAAAGUAUGGUCAGGCUACAUAUGGAUCACAAUAAACUGGAAUUCCUGUCCCCAGAAUCAUUCUACGGACUCACAGCCCUAAAACUUGUGCACUUAGAAGGAAAUGAACUGCGGCAGCUUCACACCGACACUUUUGUUACUUUACGUUUUAUACAAAUAUUUAAAACAUCAUCUAUAAAACAUAUCUAUUUGUCAGAUAACCAGUUAUCAUCAUUGCCUAAAGAUAUGUUCUUGUACCUGAAUGAACUGGAAGGACUUUAUCUUCAUGGGAAUCCUUGGUCAUGUGACUGUAACCUUCAAUGGCUCACAGAACUUGGACAGCAAUCUAGAGAUGUGAUCAAGUGCAAGAGAGAUCGUUCAGGAACUCAAUGCCCUCUUUGUUCCAGUCCUAGAAAGAAUCAAGGAAAAUCAUUAAAUGAAAUAUCAUCUCAAGAUCUUACAUGUACUAAGCCUACUAUUGAGAACAUCUACAAGUUAAAAAAUGUCUCCUCCCUAGAAGAAGGCAGCUUUACUACAAUAUCAGCCAAAGACUUUGUAGCUCCAAUGGGAUCACUAAUUCUAAACAUGACAGACCAGUCAGGGAAUGAAGCAAACCUGGCCUGUAGUGUCCGAAGACCAACCAAAAUGUCUCAGAUCAUGUUAGACAGAAAGGAAGACUACACAGUCAUGAGGACUACAUUUUCUUCUUUUCUGAUUUGUAAUAUUGACUAUGAUCACAUCCAGAAAUUAUGGGGAAUAUUAGCAAUGUAUAGUGAUUCUCCAAUGAAACUUAAACGAGAACUCUUGCUCACAAAGACACCCUUUAUCAGCUACAAAUACAAGCAAAUAGGCACAGGAGAUGAUGUGUUCACAGAUAUUGAUGCAGAGGUUCGAGCGGAACCAAACUGGCUCACGCAGGACACGAUAACUUUACAACUUGAUAGGACAGCUACUACUCUCAGUACAUUGCAUAUUCGCUACUUGACAGAAAUAUAUGUUACACUGCCCAAUUCUGUUGAAACCCCCUCAAAAAAUAAUUGGGCUAUGAUCAUCAAGAGCAAUCAGACACAGACAGAGUAUACUGCAAUAAUAGGAGGAACAGUGGAGAUGGACUGUCAGGUUGUUGGUGAACCGGUACCAAAUAUCGAAUGGGUACUUCCUGAUGGAAGUAAAAUUAGGGCACCAUAUAUGAGUGAAGAAGGAAGGAUAACAAUUACAAAAAAUGGAAAGUUUAUAUUAAAGGUAGCAGAUCAUUUUGACACCGGAGUUUACCAUUGCAUUGCUACAAACUAUUUAGAUGCAGAUGUACUUUCAUUUAGAAUUACAGUGGUAAGUGGUGACGUGGAGGAAGAAGCUGUAAAUGGGAUUGAGCUUUCAGUCAGUAAUGGGGAGGUUCUCUAUCUUCCUUGUGGUUCAUAUGGAGUCCCCGAUGCAUCUGUGAACUGGAUAUUACCAGAUCACUCUAUUCUACACAAAACCUCAAAUAACAAGUUUAUUUUCACAAAUGGCACACUAAAAAUCCAAGAUAUAACACAGAGAGAUAGAGGACACUUUAUAUGUUUAGCAGCUAACCAAUAUGGCCUUGAUAUGCUGACACACAAGGUGUUGGUGAAACAAAAGAAACCCAAUUCUAUCAUUAGGAAAAUACAACUGGACCAAAAAGAGGAUGACAAUAAAGAAGGAUCAGGCAGUGAGAACACUAAAGAUAACCUUCACUCUGUGAAAGGGAUAGCCAUUGAACGUAAAAAAUACCCAAACAGACUUGUUCCUAUUAAAUCUGAUGGGCAAUGGAAAACAAACAUAGCAGGGCAAAGAAGGAACAGAAUAAACCAUAGAUAUAGAGGGCAAAGGAGACAAUUUACUCAAAACACAAGAAAAAUUGAUCCUCAACACUGGACAGAGAUAUUAAAAAAGACAAAACAAAAUUCAAUGAAUAACAAACCCAUAACGGAAGCCAUGAAAACUGUCAAGGAAGAAAAUGAGAUGGAAAGCAUAUCUGGGGACGGAGAACAACCAUCUGGUGAAGAAUUACUUCCAGUAAAUGAAAAGUUGUCUAUAGUAACAGAAAAAUACUCAAGUGUCAGCAUACUAGAUACAAUACCAUCAUUGUCUUCUUAUCCUAAAUGGAGUACAAAAACAAUACCUACAACACCAGCCAAAACAGAUACUGGGGAAGACUAUACAGAAACAUCAGAGGCAAAUGGUCAUAUCACAGUGAACAGUCAGGAACCAACCCUAUCACAAUCUUUAACCUCAGGAUUAAACCCCACUAUAAACAAUUAUAAUAGUGAACAACCAACAACAGUGAGCAUUUUAAACAUGUCCCCAUUGGCAGUAUCAAAACCACCACCUACUGCAAUUCUUUUGGACAUCUUGCCCACAGAUGCCACAGCCAGUUUUGCACCACAACUUAUUCCUCUCACUCAGUAUGGAAGACUUGAAUCUGGUAGAAAUAGUGUUGUCACUACAAUAAAAUCAUUGACUUCAAACCCACAAUCUGGUAUUAUAAGUCCAACAACAUCUAGUAGCUACCUUCAUACUACACCACAAGAAAUUAAAGCCCCUUCGAUAACUACACAAACUGAUCCUUAUUAUAUCACUAAGAAUGAUAUUACAGACCCUGUCCUUUUUGAAAACGAAAUACGAAAAACAACAAGGUACGACUACCCCAACACUUUUACUACAUCUAGCUAUUUGAACAGCCUAUCUGAGAAUGUGGUUACAAUGCCUAAAAAGGAAACAAGAUAUUUCAGUAGUUCACCUCCAAAUGUGAUAACAGAUCCAACAACAUCAUAUGAUUCGUCUACAUCACCAAAUAAAUGUAUGAGUCAAACAACCACACCUAACUAUCUUUAUGUAACUCCACCUCUUGAACAAAUAACUGUUCCACCAACCACUUCAACUACAGGAAUUCCUGUAAUUUCUACAGCCCUAGAAAAAGUGAUAACACCUAAACCACCAAUGUCUUUACCAACUAUUACAACUACUCAGUCAACCCCUGUUUUGUACACUAAACAUAUUACUAGGGAUUACUCCCCAAGCCAGGUAGAGACAACACCUGACAAUUUGCACUCCUCAACAUCUAAGAUUCAAACCACAAGAAGUCCACAACUUUCUGAGGUGAAAGAUGGAUUGGAAGACCAGACUGUUGUCAGCUUUGAUUCCUCCACUAAGUCAAGUGCUAAAUUGUAUCUCUCGCAAACUGAUGUUGGUCCCAUCUACUUUCAUAGCACUCAGAAAAUCAUCACACCAGGACUUCCAGGUGGCUCCACCAUCAUUACUCAUCAAAAGAUCCAAAUACUGAAAGAUGUUACCCCAUUUGUGCCAACCCUAAGACGAUAUGGUCGCAGAAGAAUCUCAGGAAGAAGGCGCAUUGUAAGGCCAGAUCGUAUUCCGAAUGUCAGAGCACAUCAAUUUAAAUUUGGAAAACUAGAAAACGUAAAUGAUAUGACUGAAACCACAACAGCAUACACAACUGCUUCUGACAUUGGUAAAUAUAGGCAGAUUCUACAUACUACAGUACCUUCAAUUACAAAUGCACCAUUAACUAUUGCACAGCCCUCUACAACAGCUCAAGCACCAGUCAAAGAAACCACCACUCUGACAACUACGCAAUCUAAAAAAACUAUUGAUAGAGCAACUAAUACCUAUAUUAUAUCACAUCAGCCUGCAACAGUUAAUGUUCCUAAAACAAGCAGCAUAGACAUGUCAGGGAAGCUCAAGGUUGGAUUAAGUUAUACUCAAAGUGCAACAACACCCAUUCUAACAACAAAACCUGUAGUUGAAAAAAAAGAGGUGCUGGUAUUUGCUUCUCCACAGCCCACAACCAAACCUAUGGUAGCCUCCAAAAUAAUUAGGAGAAAAAUUCCCUGGCACAGAUUGUUUGGUAACAAUCCAUUUAUUCAAAGAGAGAUACUCAGGCAGCUCAGAAAAAAUGUUCAUCCAACAUCUGCAAUUACUUCUCGGCCCUCAACAUUGAAGCUAAGUGUCACCAAAAGUCCUAGAACCACAAUCCCAUCAGAUGAGUCUACACUUAGAAGUUUAGGGACCAAGACUAAUGCGCCUUAUACAAAGGAAGAGAGAACAGUAAAAGGGAACCCAAGCAGCUCUACUCUAACAAUGACAAAUUAUCACUCGAUCACUAAAAUGACUUCUAGUAAAGCUCCUCGAAUAAGUCUCAAAGAAUCAACAACUAUUAUGCAACCCACCACUGUCACAGCUGAAGCAACUACUGUUUAUCCAACUACUGUGACAGCAGAAGCAACUACUGUUUAUCCCACCACUGUUCAUAAAGUAACAAGCACAAGGUAUACUUCCAACAAACCAACAACUGUAAUCUAUCCAACAGUCACGAGUGAUAAACAAGGGCAGCUAUCUCCAACCAGAGCUGCAGUACCAGCAACUGUGAAAGUUUCAACCAGUCCAAAUUUUGCAGCUGCUAAAAUUCAGACAACAAGUGCUAAGGCUGUAAAGACUGAAGUUAAUUUUGUCAGGAGUACUGAGGACAGAGCUUUCAAAGAACAUUCUCUUACCCCUAGCACAGGUUAUGUCCCUAUAACAGUAACCCCGAUAACAUCUGCAGCAGUUUACAACAGACACAGAUUUGUAAAAAGAAAACGUCUCAGAAAAAAGAAUUUCUUCAAUAGUUCCGAUCAUACUCACAAAUCAUCAACAAACAUACAUUUGUCAACAAGUUCACCAGAAGAUACAACCCCACUUAAUACAAUUGCAUCAACACCAAAAUACUCAGUGACUACUAUUACAAGAGCACCAACAACAUUGUCAAGUUCAGAAAAUGAUAUACCUCUAAACUUGCUGACCAAACCUUUUUGGAGUAAUCUGACCAAGGAGGAUAAGUCAUCUACGCAACCGUCACUUAUAAUGAAUGGCAUUGAUACCUUAACUACACCACAACUAAAAACAUCAGACAUAAAUGAUAUUGCUACAUCAGACCAAGCACUAAACAAAAAUACUCCAUAUAAGAAUUCAUUUGUUAAAACACAUAAAACAAAAGCAUUCUCAACAUAUAAGACAAGCCCUACAACUAGUACACAUUUACCACUAUCAAUAACAGCUAAGGCGAUCAACAGUGUAACUCUUUCAACACCUAUAAUGAGUCCAAUAACAACCCAAACAUCACGCGGAUCUGAAAAAGAAAAUGUUGUGACCCCUAAAACAUAUCAGGGAACUAUGCACACAGUAGUACGUUCUUCAAAUCUGAGGAUACCUAUACGAUACAACAUAUCUUCCACGAUAAUACAAAAAACUGAAAAGAAGACAGUAUCCCACAAAAUUGUAGAAAUCACAUCAAGCAAUGUUCGCUCAAAACCUCGCAUUUUGGGAGGUAAAGCUGCAAGUUUUACUGUCCUUGCUAACUCAGAUGCCUUCAUUCCUUGUGAAGCAACUGGAGAUCCAACACCCACCAUAUUGUGGACAAAGGUGGCAUCAGGAACUUUUGUGUCGAAGACAAGAAGGGGAAACAGAAUGGAAGUCUUUCCAAAUGGAACACUUUCUAUUUCAAGUGUGAGCAUCCAAGACCGUGGGCAGUAUCUUUGUGUUGCUAAUAACCAGUAUGGCUCAGAUCGGCUGCUUGUUACACUUUCCGUUAUAACAUAUCCUCCAAGGAUUAUACAGGGCAGAUCAAGGGAGAUUACAGUGCACUCUGGGAGUACUGUAAGUAUAAAGUGCCAGGCAGAAGGCCGACCUUUUCCUACCAUCACCUGGAUACUAGCCAACGAGACCAUUGCAUCUGAAAAAUCUGAGGACAAUCAUAAAGUUUUUGUUCUACCUGACGGGACUCUUACUAUUAGAGAAGUAACUAUUAAUGAUCGAGGAAUUUAUAAAUGUUUUGCUACUAACAUAGCUGGAACAGAUACAUUAACAGUAAAAGUUCAAGUUAUUGCUGCCCCUCCUACUAUUUUGGAAGACAAAAGACAAACUGUAUUAGCACUUCCAGGAGAGAAUGUAAAGCUUCAUUGCACAGCAAAAGGAAAUCCUCAACCAAGUGUUCAUUGGGUAGCAUUUGAUGGUAUAAAGGUGAAACCAUUACAUUAUGUAAAUGCAAAGCUGUUCCUAUUUUCCAAUGGAACCUUAUUCAUAAGGCAUGCCGCAUCCUCCGACAAUGGAAACUAUGAGUGUAUAGCAACCAGCUCUACCGGCUCCGAAAGGAGAGUCGUCACUCUCAGGGUUGAGCAAAAGGAUGUUGUACCAAACAUAAUCCAUGCAUCUCCAAAAGACACAGAAAUAAGUUUUGGUGAGAAGUUGAUGCUAAAUUGCAGCGCAACUGGAGAACCAAAGCCAAGAAUAAUAUGGAGGCUGCCAUCAAAAGCUGUGGUAGAUCAAUGGCACAGAAUGGGAAGUCGAAUACAAGUAUAUCCAAAUGGUUCAUUGGCUGUACUAUCUGUAAAUGAAAAAGAUGCCGGAGACUACUUGUGUGUGGCAAGAAAUAAACUGGGAGAUGAUGUCAUCCUGAUGAAGGUCAGCAUAAGCAUGAAACCAGCUAAAAUAGUCCAAAAACAAUACCUGAGGAAGCAAGUCCCAUUUGGGAAAGAUUUCAAAGUUGAUUGCAAGGCCUUGGGAUCUCCGAUGCCAGAGAUUUCAUGGAGUUUACCAGAUGGCACAAUGAUAAACAACAUUCUUCAAGCUGAUGACAGUGGUAGAAGAACACGAAGAUAUAUUCUCUUUGACAAUGGUACAUUGUACCUCAAUAAAGUAGGAAUGUCUGAAGAUGGGGACUACACAUGCUAUGCUGAAAACACAUUGGGAAGAGAUGAAAUGAAAGUGCAUAUCAGUGUUGUGGCAGCUGCUCCUCGUAUUAAACUAAAUCCAAACACAAAGUUUGAAGCACGAGCUGGGUCUAGGAUAGUUCUAGAUUGUCAAGCCAUUGGAGAACCAAAGCCAAAGAUAUUCUGGCUGCUUCCAUCAAGUGAUAUGAUUGCAACUUCCCAUGACAGAUAUACAUUGCAUGAAAAUGGGUCUUUGACUAUCAACCAAGUGAAACUAUUAGAUGCCGGAGAAUACAUGUGUGUGGCACGCAAUCCAGCAGGAGACGACACAAGACUUCUCAGGUUGGAUGUUCUUUCAACUCCCCUCAUUAUUAAUGGCUUAUAUACAAAUAAGACUAUAAUUAAAGAUUCUGCUUUAAAACACUCUAGAAAAUUGAUCCACUGUAGUGCAGAAGGGACACCUCCUGUUCAAAUAAUGUGGAUCAUGCCUGACAACAUAUAUCUUACCGCACCAUACCAGGGCAGCAGGAUUGUGGUGCACAACAAUGGAACUUUAGAAAUCCGAAAUGUUAGACCCUCAGAUUCAGCUGAAUUUACCUGUGUUGCUCGUAAUGAUGGAGGCGAAAGUAUGUUGGUAGUUCAGUUAGAAGUUCAUGACAUCCUUCGAAGACCUAUAUUUAAAAAUCCAUUCAAUGAGCGGAUCAUUACUAAACCAGGCAAAAUGGCAAUACUUAAUUGCUUUGCGGAUGGAAAUCCACUUCCAGAAAUAACAUGGCUUUUACCAAAUGGUACCAGAUUUGUAAAUGGGCCGUUGUUUUCCAAAUAUCAUGCAGGAACCAAUGGAACCUUCAUCAUUUACAGCCCUAACAAGGAUGAUGCAGGAAAAUAUAGGUGUGCAGCUAGAAAUAAGGUGGGCUACAUUGAAAAGCUUAUUAUUUUGGACGUAGGUCAGAAACCUAAUAUUCUGACACAUCCAAGGGGGCCAAUAAAGAACAUUAUUGGUGAGACUCUAUCUUUGCAUUGCCUUUCUGAUGGAGUACCAAGGCCUAGUGUGGCAUGGACCCUUCCAAGUGGAUACAUAAUAGAUAGACCUCAGGUCAAUGGGAAAUACUCAUUAUAUGAGAAUGGUUCAUUGGUCAUUGAAGACACAACCAUACAUGAUCGUGGAAACUAUUUGUGCAAGGCUAAAAAUAAUGCAGGAGAGGCAGCUAUAAGUGUCACUGUGAUGAUCGUGGCCUAUCCUCCACGGAUUACAAAUAAACCUCCACACAAUAUUCACACAAGAGUGGGAUCAGCUGUGCAUCUCAACUGCAUGGCCAUAGGAAUACCAAAACCAGAGAUAUCUUGGGAGUUACCAGACUUAUCAAUAUUGACAACAGGAAGUAAAGGACGACCUAUGGGGACAGAGCUUCUUCAUCCACAAGGAACAUUAGUUGUGCAAAAUCCAAGAACUUCAGACUCGGGAAUGUACAGGUGCAUUGCAAAGAAUUCGCUGGGAACAGAUAGCAGCACAACAUAUUUAAAAGUCAUGUAAACAAUGAGACAUAUAUGCUACAGUAUAAGAGUUUAGAGCGAAAGACCAGAGUUUUUUCUAUUGUACCAUAUAUGGAUUUUUAUAAGCAAUUAUGUCAUAAAGGGAACUUUUCUUCAAGGCACCUCCCUGCAAGCUCCUUACAAUAAUUAAACUGUGAACAGAAAUUGCAUUAUAUAUACAGUAUAUAUAUUAAAAAAUAUAUAUAUUUUUAUUCAGAAUUAUAAGCUGGACAAUAAUUUUUCUGUUA